AUGUCGCGCAUACAAGAAGAGUACAUGGCAAUGAAGGAUCGCUUAAAGCAGGAGCUAUCCAAUGUCGCCUACGUGUGCAUCACUGCCGACUGCUGGACGACUUUCCGCAGGUGCUACAUUGGCAUAACUGUUCUGUGGCUUUUGCCACGCACACUGGAGCGAAGGUCAGCAGUUCUGGCAUGCCGAAGGCUUGUGGAGCGAGCGACUUAUGACAUUCUGGCCGCUACAAUUUCUGAAGUGCUUGAGGAAUACGACCUCCAAACCAAGGUGACAAGGGUCAUCACUGACAAUGGAUCAAAUUUUCUCAAAGCAUUUCGCAUCUUCGGGGAGAAGUCAUCUGUGGGCGAGGAGGACGAGGAGAUUGAAAAUGAAGGCGUUGACCUAAGCAAGCUCAUAGACAGCACUGAGGAGGGAAUCUGUCUACCUCAGCAUCACCGCUGCGCUGCUCACUGUCUGAACCUUGUGUCUACCGUAGAUGCUUCACGCGCAAGUGAAGACGACGCGUUCUCAAAGGCGUUUACAACCGUGAUGAGAAAGUGCAGGUGUCUUUGGGCCAAGCAGGGACAGUCCUCAGUCGCUGCGGAAACGGUGCACAAGGUCUGCGGCGUGUACCUGCCAACUCCAGUAACAACUCGCUGGAACUCGCUGUAUGAUUCAUUAGAAUUUCUUCUCACUCUGAGGAGGAACGGAAAAGAUCUACCAGCACUCUGCCGCACACUCCAUCUUCCACCUCUGAAUGACCCGGUGGACUUCAAUUUCAUCGAGGAAUACUGCGAGGUUAUGAAACCUGUCGCCUGUGCCCUGGACGUGCUGCAACGUGACGACCAGAUGUUCAUGGGGUAUCUUCUACCGACGCUGUCUGUCCUCCAACGGCGGCUAGAAUAUGCCAUCAUGAAGGGCAUGCGGAUUUGUGCGCCGCUGUGUCAGGCAGUCCUCGAGGGCCUGGGAAAGAGGUUCGACCACCUUAUGGAGAGUAGGGAGCUGCUACUUGCGUCAGCUGUACUGCCCAAAUUCCAGUUAAAAUGGAUUUAG